UUGGAAUGACAUGGCUGAAAGUCUGAACGAGAGUCCUUAUGACAAUGUUCCAACCAGCGGCAGGUUUACUAUACGUUCACUGAUCAGCACAGAAGAGACUGUCAAAUCUCCUUAUGGACCCCCAGAAAAUGGCAAUGACACCAUUCAUCUUAAUAAUCUCACCCAGGGAAGCACCUUAUACAUGAGGACAUUUGGGUACAAUACGGUGGAUGCUGUGCCAAAUUAUGACCAUUAUGCCAACACUGAAUUUCCUGGGAAAAUCAAGAAAGUCAGACCCACGCUUGAAGAUCUUCACUCUAUUCUAAAGCAUGAAUCAAGCUGCAAUCUUCAGCCUCCUGAAUAUGAGGCGAAUUUGGAUACCCCAGAGGGGGAGGCAGAUACUGUGGGGGAGAAACCAAUCGAAGAACCUGUUCGGUUUGGUUGGGUUAAAGGGGUGAUGAUACGCUGCAUGCUGAAUAUCUGGGGAGUCAUUCUGUAUCUCCGUCUGCCGUGGAUAACAGCCCAGGCAGGGAUAGGUCUUACAUGGGUCAUUAUCGGCAUGUCUGUGACAGUAACUUCCAUUACAGGACUCUCUAUCUCAGCCAUAUCUACCAAUGGGAAAGUCAAGUCAGGUGGCACCUAUUUUCUAAUCUCGAGAAGUCUUGGCCCCGAGUUAGGUGGCUCGAUCGGCUUGAUAUUUGCAUUUGCAAAUGCUGUAGCAGUUGCUAUGCACACUGUGGGGUUUGCCGAGACUGUUCGUGACUUGUUGGCGGAUUAUGACUCUACUAUCGUGGAUCCAAUAAAUGACAUCCGAAUUAUCGGGGUUAUUACAGUCGCUGUCCUCCUGGGAAUUUCUUUGGCUGGCAUGGAAUGGGAGGCAAAAGCACAGAUUCUGUUCUUCAUUGUAAUCAUGAUCUCAUUUGCAAAUUACUUGGUCGGAACCAUUAUUCCAGCAUCAGAUGAAAAGAAGGCCAAGGGGUUUUUCAGCUAUCGAGCUGAUAUUUUUGCUGAGAAUUUUGUCCCUAAUUGGCGUGGGCAAGAUGGCUCUUUCUUUGGCAUGUUCUCCAUAUUCUUCCCAUCAGCCACUGGAAUACUGGCUGGAGCAAACAUUUCUGGUGACUUGAAGGAUCCAGCUGUAGCUAUUCCUAAAGGCACCCUGAUGUCAAUCUUCUGGACCACCAUUUCCUACCUGAUCAUAUCAGGCACAAUUGCAUCCUGCAUAGUUCGAGAUGCAUCUGGAAACCUCAAUGACACCGCUAUUGCCGGGGAAUAUUGCACUGGUUUGGCAUGCGGGUACGGAUGGAACUUCUCUAACUGUAUAGCCAAUAAGACCUGUAAAUAUGGACUGAGCAAUCACUACCAGACUAUGAGCAUGGUGUCUGGGUUUGCCCCUCUUGUCACUGCUGGGAUAUUUGGCGCCACCCUGUCUUCUGCUUUGGCUUGCCUGGUCUCUGCACCAAAAGUGUUCCAAUGUCUCUGUAAGGACAAUCUGUACCCACUUAUCGGUUUCUUUGGGAAAGGUUAUGGAAAGAACAAUGAGCCUAUUCGUGGAUACCUCCUCACGUUCCUGAUCGCAGUGGCCUUCAUCCUGAUUGGCGAGCUCAAUACUAUCGCCCCGAUCAUUUCAAACUUCUUCCUGUGUUCCUACGCCCUGAUUAACUUCAGCUGUUUUCAUGCAUCGAUCACCAACUCCCCAGGAUGGAGACCUUCAUUUAAAUACUACAGUAAAUGGUCAUCACUUUUUGGAUCAGUAGUGUCUGUCAUCAUCAUGUUCCUCCUUGCCUGGGAGUCAGCCCUGAUUGCCAUUGGUAUUGUAAUUUUUCUGCUUGGAUAUGUGCUGUACAAAAAGCCAGAAGCAAACUGGGGCUCGUCUGUCCAGGCAGGAUCAUAUAACAUGGCUCUUUCUUACUGCGUGGGGCUCAACCAAGUGGAAGAGCACAUUAAAAACUUCAGGCCUCAGUGUCUGGUUCUGACAGGACCUCCGAACUUCCGGCCAGCUCUCGUCGAUUUUGUGGGGACUUUUACCAAAAACCAGAGCCUGAUGAUCUGUGGAAACGUAAUUAUUGGCCCACGGAAACAGAAACUGCAAGAGCUUAAUCCGAGCGGUCAUAUCCGAUGGUUGAACAAAAGAAAAAUUAGGGCAUUUUACACAGGUCUAAUUGCUGAUGACCUGCGGAGUGGAGUUCAAAUGCUAAUUCAGGCAUCAGGUCUUGGGCAACUGAGACCAAACAUUCUGGUUUUGGGAUAUAAGAAGAACUGGCAGACAUCACACCCAAAGAACAUUGAGAGCUAUGUGUCAAUGCUACAUGAUGGGUUUGAUUUUAAUUUUGGGCUAUGUCUCCUGAGGAUGAAAGAAGGUCUGAACAUGUCCCGCGUCAUGCAGGCUCACAUUAAUCCAGUGUUUCAACAAUCUGAAGAACCAGAACUGAAAUCGGCAGGAGAGAAUGGAGCCAACUGCAACCCACAAGGAACAUUGGAUCCCGAAGCUGUCACGGUGGAACAGCAGGCAAGCACCAUCUUCCAGAUUAAACAGGAAAAGAAGACGAUUGAUAUUUAUUGGCUCUUUGAUGAUGGAGGACUGACCCUGUUGAUCCCCUAUCUGCUCAGUCGUAAGAAGAGAUGGGAAAAGGUAAAAAUUCGGGUGUUUGUAGGAGGACAGAUAAACCGGAUGGAUGAAGAAAGGAAAGCGAUGAUCGCCCUGUUGAGUAAGUUCAGAAUUGGUUUCCACGAGGUGCAUGUUCUUCCAGAUAUCAACCAAAAACCACGGCCAGAGCAAGUGAAGCGGUUUGAGACCCUAAUCGCUCCGUACAUGCUAAACGAUGGCUUCAAAGAUGAGGUGGUGGUCAAUGAGAUGAGACGAGAUUGUCCGUGGAAGAUCUCCGAUGAAGAAAUCAAGAAGAACAGAGCAAAGUCACUGAGACAAAUUCGCUUGAACGAGGUGCUGCUGGAUUAUUCAAGGGAUGCUGCUCUAAUCGUGAUAACAAUGCCAGUAGCCAGGAAGGGAAAGUGUCCUAGUUCUUUGUAUAUGGCUUGGCUGGAAACGUUGUCCCAAGAUCUGAGGCCACCGGUGCUACUGACCAGGGGAAACCAAAAGAACGUGUUGACCAUGUACUGCCAAUAACUGUUUGUGCGAACACCAUCUCAACAGCAGCUGUCCAGCGCUCCUGUCCGUGAGCUCAGUGCAAUUAAAGAGUGCCAAUGUCAAACAAUGGCUAAUGGGUCUAGCACGCAGGAUAACCUACAAUGGUUUGGUAUUCAGAACAGAUUAAAUGGUUAAUCUGUUCAGAAUUUCCCUCUGACUUAUGCAUUAGUGACCAAAAUGUUCUAAAACUGUG